AUGCCGCUGAAGAAAGCUGCAAAGAAGCCUUGGCAAGUCAUCGCAGUGAAGAUGAAGCGUUUCGCCAAGCGACCCGAGCAGUGGAAGCUUGUGGGCGGAUGCAGGAGUCGGUCCUUGGACCUCUUAAGAGGGCCUGGCACUUCCUGCUGUACAGCUUUUGUUUUUGAGAACAUGCUUCCACUCUUUGCAGACUGCAGAGCUCAAAGUUCCAGCCACUUAGCAGACAUCAAAAUGGCAGGUGUUGUGCCCGCUGGGGUGAAGAACCAAUUUGUCGCAUGGAAAAGUGCCACGACGUGGAUUUUGUGA